GUUUUACUUUUUAUUUUACUCAUGGCUGCUCCGCUUCAGAUAUCCUUCAAAGACUUGUCAUAUUCCGUCGACGUACCCGCGCUCCGCACUGUCUCCCACACCAGGCGCGUCCCCGCAAUCAAACGUGUAUUCACCAAACAGCCCACUACCCCAAAGACCAUUCUACAUGACCUAACUGGCACAUUCCGACCCGGUAGAUUCACUGCUAUCCUGGGUCCUUCAGGAUCGGGUAAAACCACUCUGCUGAAUCUUCUCGCUGGCCAACUAACCACUGGUACUGUAACCGGAAACAUUUGGGUCAAUGGCCGCCAGACCACCGCCCAGGGCCUACAUAUGUUGGCCGGCUACGUCCACCAGGACGACGUGAUUCUGCCCACCCAGACUGUCCAAGAGGCUAUUGACAUGUCUGUGAUUCUGCGUCCUUGCAUCUCCCACCUGCCAUUGCCCAUCGCUAUGCAUGAGCAUGACAGGCCAGACACAGACUUGUGUGGUUUGGCUAUUUCUACUUUUGAACUCGAAGGGUGCAAGCAUACUGUGGUCGGCGACUCAAUCACCAAGGGGAUUUCUGGUGGCGAACGUAAACGCACUGCCAUUGCCAUGGAGUACGUGACCGACACACAUAUCCUGUUCCUCGACGAGCCCACUUCGGGGCUGGAUGCACACUCAGCGCUUCUGGUCGCCCACCAGUUGAAGCGCAUUGCCAUGAAUAGCCGAACUGUCGUUGCUGUUCUGCACCAGCCGUCAUCUGAAGUAUUUGCACUUGUAGAUGAUCUGAUGGUCUUGAGCGAGGGCCGCAUCGUGUAUCUGGGAGAACGGCAUGCAUUUAUUCCAUACUUUGACAAUCUGGGCUUUCCGUGCCCGACCUACUCGAACCCCGCCGACCAUCUAUUCAACACUGUCCUGUUCCCGACGCACUUUUCGCAGCACGACACAUUGCCACUGGAGACCAGUACAACACGCUCCAAAAUCCUGGCCAAUGCCUGGGCUGGCUCGCCCGACGCUGUAUCAGUCAAAUGUCUGGUGGACCGCCCAGAGCUUCGCCCGCCCACCAGAUCCCAGCUGCGCCGCACUGUCUCGCUGUCCAAGCAGCUGCAUUACCUGGUCGGCCGCUCAACACGCAAUGCGCUGCGCAACCCCCUGGUACUCUACAUCCGCCUGGUGCAGUCUGCCAUUCUGGGCCUGCUCUUCGGUUUCCUGUUCUUGAAUACCAAUAAGCGGUCUGCAGCUAUACAGACGCAGAACUUUUCAGGCGCCCUGUUUUUGUCGUGUGCUGCACAGUACAUGCUGACAUUGCUUGCCGUUGUCAAUGCCUUUGCGUCAGAACGGCCUGUGUUUGUGCGCGAGUGGCAGGCUGGUUAUUACGGACUCACUGCGUAUUUCCUGGCCAAGAACAUUGUCGAGCUUCCCAUCCAGCUGUGCUCGCCCGCGCUCUACUCUGUCUGCGCGUACUGGCUAAUCGGGUUCCAGCGGACCGCGGCAAAGUUUUUCAUUUACAUGGUUACAUGCAUUGCACUGAGCGUCUGCGGCUUCGCCUUUGGCAUUACCUUGGGCGCUGCCUUCAGCAGUCUGUCGGUCAUCCUGGCCAUCCUGCCUGCCGCUAUCAUCCCGUUCCUUCUGUUUGGCGGCCUGUUUGUCAACACUGGCAGCUCGACUGUCUGGCUGCGCUGGAUCCAAUGGCUGAGUCCGAUCAAGUACGGGUAUGCGGCUCUGUCACAAAACCAGUAUGCUGGCUAUGUUAUAGACGGCAUGGCUGUGGGCAAUAUGUAUUUGGAUAACCUCCAGCUCGGAGGGUUCUCGAUUGGUGUCAACAUUUUGUUUGUGUUUAUCCUCGCAUUCGUCCUGUGGUGUGCGUCGUUCUUGGCCCUUUGGCGCCUGACCAUGCAUGGCCGUGGUGCAUUCAAUAGGAAUACCCGCCGGCAGGUUGAGGCCGACUUGUUAGGCCCACCCGAUCCCUGCUUCAGCACGCCGGAUGCUGCUUGAAUUUUCACCGCUCUCUUUUUGCACUCAUUUUCAGACAUAUUCGGCGAUAAUGCUUUAAUUUUUUUUAUGUCAAUUGAUCUGAAUUCAUUUGUAA